UCCCGCACCAGUGAUUGUUGCCACCCCGCCGCCUCCGACCGCCACCAUCCCUGUCGACACAGCUCGAGACGGCGCCCGAGUUCUGCCUCGAGGCGCAGCACACUAUGGCCCAGACCGCAAUCCAAAUGCGUGGACUCGAGGACAGUUCGGCAACGCCGUCUCGAAGCUCCAGUCCGGUCUUCGAUCCUUCAAGCAUAGCGGGGCUUGGUCAUGCCUCUGAGCACGCCUGUGCACUCAGCCAAGCACCUGGAGGAUGCACUGACUGGCGCGCGGAUGGACCGGCGCAGACGGGAGAAUCGGAACGACUUCGAUUGGUCGGUGCAAACGCGCCGUUGGCAACGCACUCGAAUCAAAUGGCGUCUCUGGCUCGGUAAGGACAUGAACGUCGAGACGAGCAGCGGCCCGGGCAAACGCUCCCUACUACGCAGCAGGAGCGACGGCGAAAUCCUCAAUUCUGCGACGACAUACGUCCCAAAUCCCGGUCCCUACCUGACCCCGCCUACGACCCCGCAUAGCUUCCGGGAUGGCACGGAUCUCUCCCCAAGCGUGCCGCGUCUGCGGGCCCUCUCAAACAGAGAACACGCGCGUUCUCGCCUUGCGGCGCUGCACGACGGUUCCAUCGGUUGUCGCCGAGCAGUUAUACCGGCGGACCAGUGUUCUCGGCCGCCUUCGCAGAGGAACCUGUACGCUACGACAGCUUCGACCCGUGGUUCUCAACCUCCGUCAGUAGGCAGGCAGGCCGGCGCGUGUCACCUUUCUCGCACCCUGGCGACCCGACCUCUACCGUACCACACACGGACAGCCCUCAAGACAAGCAAGUCCCCUCGCUGACGCAGGGCGACAGCGAGAUAGACAGAUGAGCCAUGCGGACAAGUGCAGGACCGGGACUCGUCUCGAG